AUGGUAACCGCCCCGUCAUACACUCACGAACUGCAAGUUGCGCAGCUCGCCGUCCAGCGGGCCACCAUCCUCACCAAGCGUGUCUUUCAUGAGAAAGCCAAGGGGACGGUCGACAAAAACGACAAGUCUCCCGUUACUAUUGGUGAUUUCGGCGCCCAGGCACUCAUUAUUGCUGCCCUGAAGCACAACUUUCCCGAGGAUGCUAUCGUUGCGGAGGAGGAAGCCGCGCAGCUAAAGGAGGAUGCCAACCUGCGUGACACGAUAUGGAAUCUUGUCAAGGAUACAAAGUUGGACGAUGAGGAGGCCGAAAAGACGCUCGGCGGCGCCAUCAAGAGUGUUGAUUCGAUGCUGGAGCUGAUUGACCUUGGAAACAGCCCCGGUGGCUCCAAGGGCCGCAUCUGGACUAUCGACCCUAUUGACGGAACAAAGGGGUUUCUGAGAGGCGGCCAAUAUGCCGUGUGUCUGGGACUUAUGGUCGAUGGAGAAGUGAGGGUUGGCGUCUUGGGCUGCCCAAACCUCCCUGUUGACGAUUCAGCCCGCCUCACAGCAGAUAUUGGAUCCAACGCUACCGACGAGGGCCGCGGCGUGCUCUUCUCCGCCGUCGAGUACAAGGGAGCUAAUAGCCGUCCCCUGACGACUGGUGGCCUUUCGCCCGACAGCAAGCAUAUUGGCAUGCGGCCCAUUGAGGACCUCACAAAGGCUACGUUUUGCGAAUCCGUCGAGGCGGGACACUCGGCGCACGAUGAUCAGGCCGUCAUCUCGCAGAAGCUGGGCAUCACGGAGCCUUCUGUCAGGAUGGACAGCCAGGCCAAGUAUGGCUCUAUCGCCCGUGGCGCGGGGGACAUUUAUCUCCGUUUGCCUGUGAAGGCUACCUACCAGGAGAAGAUCUGGGACCACGCUGCUGGUGAUUUGAUUGUGAGAGAGUCAGGUGGCCAAGUCACUGAUAUCCAUGGCAAGAGGCUGGAUUUCAGUAUCGGACGGACCCUCGCGAAUAACAAGGGCGUGGUGGCUGCUCCCUUGCCCGUUCAUGAACGGGUUCUAAAGGUUGUGCAGGAGGUGUUGAAGAUUUAG